AUGGACUGCUGCUCUAUCAGUAUAUUCAUGACGCAUCUGUCUAACUAUGGCAAUGAUCGGCUGGGUCUUUACACGUUUGUCCACCUGGCUUCCUUCAUUCGAUCCUGGACCAACCUGAAACUCCACACACUCCCACCGCUGCAGCUUGCACACAAGUACUUCCAGCUUUUUCCGGAACAAAGGAAUCCACUCUGGCAGAACCCUUGUGAUGACAAACGACAUAAAGACAUCUGGUCUAAAGAGAAAACCUGUGACAGGUUACCCAAGUUCAUGGUCAUAGGGCCACAGAAAACAGGAACGACAGCACUUUAUCUCUUCCUACUUAUGCAUCCCUCCAUCUCCAGUAACUUUCCCAGUCCAAAGACUUAUGAGGAGGUCCAGUUCUUCAACACCAAUAACUACCACAAAGGAAUUGACUGGUACAUGGAGUUUUUCCCCGUGCCCUCUAAUGUUAGCACUGACUUCCUGUUUGAGAAGAGUGCUAACUACUUCCCCUCAGAGGAGUCCCCCCGGCGAGCCGCUGCCCUGCUGCCCAAGGCCAAGAUCAUCACCCUGCUUAUCAACCCCUCCGACAGGGCCUACAGCUGGUAUCAGCAUCAAAGAGCUCAUGAGGACCAUGCAGCCCUGCGCUUCACCUUCUAUGAUGUCAUUAGCGCAAGACAGGGAGCCCCGGCCGAGCUCCGCUCCCUGCAGAACCGCUGUCUCCUCCCCGGUCUGUACUCCUCUCACCUAGACAGGUGGCUCACUUACUACCCUGCUAACCAGGUCAUGAUCAUAGAUGGCCAUCAGCUGAGAACUGACCCUGCAGCAGUGAUGGAUGAAGUCCAGAAGUUCCUGGGAGUCACUCCUCACUUCAACUACUCCCAGGCUCUUACAUUUGACCCUCAGAAGGGCUUUUGGUGCCAGCUCCUUGAGGGAGGAAAGACAAAGUGUUUGGGAAAGAGCAAAGGGAGAAAGUACCCUCCUAUGGAGCCAGAGGCACACGCAUAUCUCUCCCGGUACUACAGGGAACACAACGUGGAGCUGUCAAAGCUGCUGCAUCGCCUCGGACAGCCCCUUCCCUCCUGGCUAAGAGAAGAGUUGCAGAAGAUAACGUUGGCAUCCAUUAACCAGGGUUAAAGGUCAAGAGGUCCAAGACCAGGAAGUGACCAGGAGCACCUGACCUUCAGAUACACUGUCUGUGGCCUUUUAGUGAACCCUGAGGUGAUGGCAAGGACAAGAUGCCUUGUUCCACCUCGGAGCUAGGACACUGCUGGAAGGAGCCGAAGGCAUGAAAGCGCAAACAAAUGUUGGCGCUCUGAAACUGAACUCUUGAAAGAAUGGAUGGAGGAAUCAGAGUUUCAGAAGACUCCGACAGCUCUAAAGAAAGCGGGACUAAAAGGAAGAGCCACAUUAGGAAGAUGAAGAGCAAUCUUUGAAGGUCACACGCUGUUCAGAACUUUUGUGAACUCUCGUGCAGACCUGCAGUGACUUUGAUGGUUAUUUUAUUUUAUUUUCACCUUUAAUUUAUGAUGCCAGGACAGCGCGGGUCAGCUGUGCGUGGUUCCCAUAGAGAUGACUUUGCACUAUGUUCCAUUCCAUGUAUUUUCAAGACAAAAGAAACGCAGCCUUUGUGGUUUUGUUUAAAUAUUUUUUAUAGUGUUGUUUGUCACAAUAAGAGUGUAUAAGCAGGGAGGAUAAGUGCAUAGACUCAGGGUGGGUGACUGGCUGUUACUUGCCAUGACAGGUUCUUAUCAAUUUGUAAAAAGUUGUUUUAAGUGAAGCUAGUUUCUGGUAGAUCUGGUAGCCUUGUUCACCCUUAGAGAUGUCACUUGAGGCUUUCACUGGAAAGUGUGGACUAGAAAUUAGUCAUUGAAGCAAGAUGCAUUGCCCACUCAUUAUUUUCCUUUGACAAGCCAUGCAGAAGAACGCUGUGUCCAUUUAGCAGAGCAUGAGCACUGAUGACUUCAGCGCUGAAGACUGAGGGGACAUGAGUUUGUGGGAAGUAAACUGAGCAAAAUGAGCCUAAUGGAUAUGACACUUAAUUCCAAGACUCUUUAAGUAGCUACUGUAACAGCAGGCAGUCUUUGUUUUGUAAGUUUCAACCUUCUUUUUCUUUCCUUUUAAAAAACCAGUGGCCUACGUUGUUGAGCUUCAAUCUGAAUGCAAAAAAACCUCUAAAUGUCAAACACACAAACCAAAAUUAAAGAAAUCAAUAUUA